GUUGCCGCGUGACCGUUCACGCCAAAAAGCCUGAGCUACUCUAUGGCCGCGUCCUGGUAGUGGACGACCACGCCCCUGCCCGCGAGUCGGUCGCCGAUGUGCUGCGCUGCGUCGGCCACGAAGCCACGCCUUGCGGAAGUGGCGCCGAGGCGCUUGCAAAGUUGCGGGCAGGGUCAUUCGACGUUGUCGUCACCGACCUGCAGAUGCCCGGCAUGAGCGGGCUCGAACUAAUCCGCGAGAUCGAACGCCUUCGGCACCGCGUUCAAGUGCUGAUGGUGACGGCGCACGCCAGCGUCGAGACCGCUGUCGAAGCGAUGCGACACGGCGCGUUCGACUACCUCGAGAAACCUUACAACGUCGAUCGCCUCGAAGCCUCAGUCUCUCGUGCGCUGCAGCGUAAGCGGCUGCAAACCAGCGUCGAAGCCGUGGAGUCAGCCGCCAAGUGCGACGCACCGAUGAUGAUCGGGUCAAGCGCCGCCAUGCGUUUGCUGCGCGAGCGGAUCGCUCGCGUCGCCUCGACCGAGGAGACGGUGCUCAUCCAAGGUGAGAGCGGUGUCGGCAAGGAGCUGAUCGCCCAAACGUUGCACGCCCUCAGCUGCCGCAGCAAGGGGCCGAUGGUCAGCCUUAACUGCCCGGUCCUUUCCGAACAACUCACCGAAAGCGAGCUCUUCGGUCACUGCCGCGGCGCGUUUACCGGCGCCGAUGCCGAUCGCGUCGGCCGCUUCGAACUGGCCAACAACGGCUCCUUACUGCUGGACGAAGUCACCGAAAUCAACCUCGGCCUACAAGCCAAACUCCUCCGCGUCUUGCAAGAGCGGGCCUUUGAACGCGUCGGUUCAAGCGUCUCGCAGCGUGUCGAUGUGCGUGUGAUGGCGACCACCAACCGCGACUUGACCGACGAGAUCAGCGCCGGCAGGUUCCGCGAAGACCUCUACUACCGUUUAGCCGUCGUUCCGAUCCAGGCCCCCGCGUUACGCGAGCGCGGCGAGGACGUGCUGGAGCUCUCCGAGUAUUUUCUCGAUCAAGCCAGCCAGCGGCUCGGCCGCGAGCGCCUAACGCUCGACGCCGCCGCACGCGACUUGUUUCUCUCGCACAGGUGGCCCGGUAAUGUGCGUGAGUUGCACAACGUCGUGACGCGAGCCUGCGUGCUAGCAGACGGACAGACGGUAUCGGCCGAUCUCGUACGUCCGUGGCUACGGCGCGACAGUGUGAAUGCAGUCGAGGCCGUCGAAGAAGGCCCCACGACGCUCCCGAUCGGAGCGAGUCUCGCCGAAGUCGAACGACAAAUGAUCCUCGCGACGCUUGCCCGAUUCGACGGGCACCGUCAGAAGACCGCUGACGCGCUUGGCAUCGGCGUCCGCACGCUGAGCGGCAAGCUGCGCAGCUACGGCGUCCCACCGGGAGAGAAGGACAUCAUCUCACGUGACCGGUCUUUCCUGACGUCUUCCCUGACGGUCGCGGCUCGGAAGACACCUAUACGACAAUCCCUCUACCGGCGCCAAACGCCGCCGCUAUCGGCAAGUUCCGCCGACCGCUUGCUGCUGCGCCGCGAGAGGCCGACGAUGCUGAACCCCUUCGCGAACUCGACCCUGCCCGUUCUGGAGCAGACCGUUCAGUUCACGCAAGCGCGUCACGGCGUCCUGGCGGGCAAUAUUGCGAACCUGAACACCCCCGGCUACAAGGCCCGUGACUUGUCGGUGCAAGCCUUCCAGUCGAGCCUGCGAUCGGCGAUUGAUUCGAGCAAGAAAACAUACAGCCCGGGCGACGCCAUUGUGUUGGGUGACUUGUCCGACGGUCCGCACGAAGGAUUGAUGGCGCUCGGUGGAGAACGCGGACCCUUCGACGCGGAUUCGCUCAAUGGCCUGCAGAAGUCGAUGGAGACCUUCGUUUACCACGACCAACGCGACGUCAGCCUCGAAUCGCAAGUCACCGAGAUUUCGAAGAAUCAGUCGCUGCACAACCUUGCGAUCACUUUGAUGAGUCAGCAGUUCCGUCAGAUGCGAUCGGCUAUCAGCGAGACCCCCUCCGCGAUGUUCACGUCCUACGACAUCAGUACGAGCGGCCUUGUGGCGCAACGGGCGCGGCUCGACGCCAUCGCCUCGAACCUCGCCAACAUCUCGACUACGCGCAACGAGCGCGGCGAGCCUGAGGCGUACCGUCCCAAGUACGUCACCUUCUCCACCGAUCCCAACAAGCAAACCCGCGCGGGCGGCAUCGGCGUUACGGUAGCGAGCGUCGAGACCUCGACCGAACCGCCCGUCAUGCGAUACCAGCCCGAUCAUCCGGACGCGAAUCCGGAGACCGGCAUGGUCGCGAUGCCCGCGGUGGACAUGACCACUGAGUUCGUCGACGCCCUCGAGGCGACACGAGCCUACGAAGCGAAUAUCGGCGUGAUGGAGAUCACCAAAGACCUCGGCCGCCUCAUCGGCGGCGUCCCACUCCCCAGCGAACGUCUCGCUGUCGCCGCGGAGAAUGCGCCGGCAUCGGAUGCCGGCUCGUUCAAGAACUUGCUGAUCGACUCGAUCGAACACGUCAACGGCAUGCAGGCACAAGCAGACCAGGCGGUCGAGGCCCUGUUCACCGGCGGUGAUGUGAACCCCGCCGAAGUGCUGACCGCCGUCCAGAAAGCCGACAUGGCGUUCCGUCUCACGAUGCAAGUCCGCAACAAGCUGAUGGAUGUCUAUCGUGAGAUUCAAGACGUCCGCGAACUGUUCGCGUCGAUGACGCCCGGCGCUCGCGUCACCGCGGGGCUGCUGGUCGCGGUUGUCGUUGUCAGCAUGGGCUUUUUGUUCCAACAAGCGACGCUCGGCCCCGACGAGUACCUGUUCGGCGGCGAGUCGAUCGACCGGCGCCAACUACCGCGGAUGGAAGCCGCGAUGUCGGCAGCCGGCAUCAAGUACGAAACUCAAGGGACAAAGAUCCGCGUCUCGCCGGGGGACAAGAACGCCGCUAUCGCCGCCAUCGCUGACGCGGGUGAACUACCACCCGAGUUCCACAAGAUCAUGGAUGACGCCAUCAACGGCGGCAGCCUCUUCGAUUUCCGCGACACCAAGUUGCAGCGGAUGCGCGCAGCGCGUGAGGCUCAAGCUUCGCUAAUCCUCGGAGACUUCCCGUGGGUCGAGAAAGCGGACGUCAUCUUUAACGAACGCCAAGGGAGCGGUCUCCACGCCAGCCGACACGCCACCGCAGCGGUGAGCAUCCUCCCCGCGGUCGGCGAGUCACUCAGCUCACAACGUGCGCGGGUCGUGAAAGAGUUCAUCUCGAAAGCAUGCGACGUAGCGAUCGAGGAUAUCGCUAUCACCAAUCUCGGCAACGACACACUCGCCGGAGGCGACGGCGGGAUCUCUCCCGAUGACUUCGACCACCCGCUCUACCGCCUCCGCGCGAUGGAAGCGGAUCGGGUCCGCCAAACCAUCAUGCGGAACCUGGCGUUCAUCCCCGGCGUGCUGGUGCAGGUCAACCCACGGAUCGACCCCAAGAGCGAACAACGCGUUGUCGAGGUGACGCCUGAGAGGGAGUCCGUCGCCCUGUCGAAGAAGACGCAAACUCAGGAAGAGUCGCACACCUCCGGCGGCGCCGGCAGUCGUGUCGGUGUCGAAGCCCAGGCGGCCCAGGGCCCACCCAGCGCCAAUCGCGACGAGGUUGUCUCGGCUCAAGAUCAGACGACGAAGAAGAGCGAAACCACCGACAUCGCCAGCGGCGUCGGCACGCGGCGCAUGGAGACCGAGAUCGACGCCAAUCAACUCGAGCAGAUGCAGACCACGAUCCGCAGCGAGAUCGAAGGCAUCGUCGAGCCGCUGCUGCCGAAACUCGCCCUCGGCGAGAACGACUUCAAGCAGGUCAAAGUGAACUUUGUCACCGACCUGCCGCAGGCGGAGCUCCCAACGCCGUCGCUCGCUACCAAUGCCCUGGGCAUGCUAGGGAGGCACGCCAAUACGCUGGCGAUGCUCGGCCUCGCCGUGGCGGGCCUCGUGAUGCUGCGGUCGAUGGUGACAUCCAGCGGCGGCAAAGACGGGUCGGCCCAAGGCAUCCCCGCGCUGAAGAUCGAGAACGAUCAGUACGCCGAAUCGGAUGCCCAGGACGGUGAGGAUUCUCAGCGGCCCAAACUCAAGCUCCGCAAAGCGGACACGCUCAAGGGAGACCUCUCGGACAUGGUGGCGAGCGAUCCCGACGCCGCCGCCGCUAUUCUUCGCUCGUGGAUCAACAACGCGGCAUGA